GGUUCGGGUUCACGGUCCUGAGACGUGCGACGGGAGCACGAGCCCGUAGAGGACGACGCCGACCCGUCCACUUCUCUCGGUCCUCUCCCUGAGUGGGACGAGCGGAACCUGUACUUCUCUCCCGAUCUCCACAUUUAUGAGAGGGUGCGACGUGGGAUCACGGUUGGUAGGACGCGCUGCCACGACUCAGGCUGCGAUACCUUGGGCGACCUAUACAAGAUGUACAUCGGCAUUGACGGAGAGGUGAGACUUCUCUGGGAGUCUUGCGGGUUGGCUGCGUUGUUUGAGACCUCAGAGGUCAUGAUUGCCUCUAGCGAGGGUCAUCACGUGACUCGUGCCCUGUUUGGGACACCACCAACACUUUCCACUUUCCUUGGGGUGAGAUGAUGGUCACCCCGACUGACUUCAGUCUUAUUACGGGACUGGAGUUUGGCUCAGUUGCGCUGCCAUUUGACAACGAGAUUAGCGUCUUUUCCCUUGCAGUCAAGGAGCUGUUGGGUCCGAUUGCUGUUCAGGCUCGUGCUGAGGUAGAGUCGACUCAGUUUAGCGCGAAGGGGAUUUGUCGUUCGACUCUAGCGGCGGAUUUUGAGGAUGAUGUGACCACCUGAGAGCAGCGGGUGCGUAUCUUUGUGCUUAUUUUGCUGUCAUGGACGUUCUCCCCUGGUAGUAGAGUGUUGCUUUACUACCUACCUGCAGUCCGUGAUCUACACUUGAUCGGGACUUAUGACUGGGCCAACUUGGCCUAUGCUGACUUUGUUCGAGCGUUAUGAGACUCGUGUCGACACAGGUUCUUCACGGGGAACGUCGAUAUGUCCGGAUUUUGGUGGGUCGUAGAGAUCUGGUUCUACGAGUACUUUCCCUCGGUUGCGCCGGCAAGACCGUCACCACGCAGGUUUCCAGUGAGUGCCUCUUGGGGAAGCCGCCGCGCUAGGAUGUCUACUGCUUAUGUCCGAGAUCAGAUCAUCUCGGAGCCUGACGUGCAGUACCGGUCGUGGAUCGGCUUGGUUGUCCCUGGGUUAGCCGCGCAGUAUACUGCUGAGCGUCGCUAUUUCUUGGGGACAUAUGGAGCAGUCGCAUAUCUUGGAGAGAGGGUUGCUAUUCAGCAUUCCUCGGACACUUUCGUCGUUCCUGUUCCUCCACCGCGUCACAUGUUCAAUGCCGCGAGGUUGGUGAGCAUGUUAGAGAGAGCUGGUACCCCUUGGCGAUCUUAUAAGAUCCUUGGGUGGUGCUAUGAGGAGGAGCUACUGCCGUUGUUGGCUCUAGUCCCUGUACUGGCUGAGGAGGUGGCGUUAUGAUUUUCAUCUUUUACCUUUCGUUAAGUAGCCCCCAAGUAAUGUUUUACUAGCUUUGAUUUUCUUUUGUCAGG